AGACAGUGCUGGCAGUGCAGUCUCUGCUGGAUGGCCAAGGUGGAGUUCCUGACCCAAACAACCAAAACGUCUCUGGAACAUCCACUAUUCAGUCUAUGGAUCUCUAUGGAGAGCAAGGCCCCGUCCAGAAGGGGAGGUCACAGGCAAGUAUCUGGUGUCAAGGCAUGCACCCAUGAUGCCUGGGCAGGCCAGUCUGACAGUAACAAGGGCCACUUGCCGUGUUGGCUCCCAGCCUGCAAGGACUGGUGUAGUGGGGGUCUUUUUGUCUGUUUGAAUCAUCAGUCAGGCAAAAGACGAUGAGGACGUGUUCCUUUGUGGGAAGUGUAAGAAACAGUUCAAUUCUCUGCCAGCCUUUAUGACACACAAGAGGGAGCAGUGCCAGUCUAGUGCGCCCUCUCUGUCCACGGUGUCUCUGGCCUCCACCGUUGCCUACACGCCCGUUCCGUCAAUCAGCUCUGGACCGCAGACUCCUGCUAACAGACAGGUGUCCACCUACAUCACAGUCCCUCCCUCCCCUCUGACACACACUCUGGUCCAAGGCAACGUGCUGGUCAGUGACGACGUUCUCAUGUCGGCUAUCUCAGCCUUCACCUCCAUCGAGCAGCCCAUGGCCGCCAUGCAGACGCCCAUACAGAGUAACUUGAGCAUGCACACAGCUGGUGUAUCUUAUCUGCAGCACCAUCACCACCAUCAUCAUCAUCAUCACCAGCAGCAGCAACAACAGCAGCAGCAGCAGCAGUCCCCCCACCCACUGCCGUCUGCUCAGACACCGGCCCACCCCCUGCCAGCUGGACAGCCCGCCCAGCAGCCGCUCUCUUCACAGGUCCCUGCAAGCCACAGCAACUCUGUGGUCCAGGUGUACAGCACGCUGCCCCAUAUGGCUGGGGGUGGUGGUGCAGAAAUCCACACCUUGGGCCUGCAGCCUUUCCAUCCCGUACAAGUGCCCAGUCAGUGUGUGGAGAGCCAGUCAUUCACCACCCCUCCCGUCUACAGCCCCGGGAAGCAGGGCACCAAAACAAAGAUUUGCAGCAUCACCGCCAACCUGACAGAGCUGGGCGACUUUGAAAAGGUCAUCAUUCCCAAACGGCCAAGGAGUAGUAAAAAAAGCCCUGAUGGAACCACAGCAGAGCAGCUGAAAGGAAAAGGUCCGAAGCUGAAGUGUAAUUACUGUGACAAAAUCUUCUCGAAAAACUUUGACCUCCAGCAGCACAUUAGAAGUCACACAGGAGAGAAACCGUUUCAGUGCAUCGUCUGUGGCCGAGCCUUUGCCCAAAAGUCCAACGUGAAGAAACACAUGCAGACUCACAAGGUGUGGCCUAUGAGUGUGGCUAGCACGGUGUCAAGAUUACCAAUCACAGUAAAGGUGGUACCGGUGUCAACCAGUGAGGAGGAUGGGGCCAAUGAACAGCAGCAGCAGCAGCAGCAGCAGCAGGGUGAACCGGAGGAGGAGGGGUCACAGCAGCAGAACACUCAAACACAGGCAGAAGGCGACGCAGCUCAAACAGAAACUCCAGGGGAGUUGGAGGAGAAUGCGACUGUGGCUCAGGCUGAUCCGAAGGGCAGUCGUCAAGUGGAAGCCAUGCAGAACGGGCAUCCUCAGGUGCGGAUGCAGUCCAACCAGAAGCAACAGUGCCAAGCUCAGACCAAACAGAUAGUUGUGAUAGACAGCUCCUACCAGUGCCAGUUCUGUGCCAGCAAGUUCAAGACCUACUUCCAGCUCAAGUCCCACCUGACCCAGCACAAAGGGGAGCAGGUUUACAAGUGUGUGUUGAAGUCCUGCUCCCAGACCUUCCAGAAGCUUGAUCAGUUCCUGGAGCAUAUCAGGACGCACCAGGAGCAGCUGACCUACCGCUGCCACCUCUGCAGCAAGGUGUUCCCCUCGCUGUUUGAACUGGGAGUCCACCAGUAUUCCCACUGCUUCUGCCCCCAACAGAACACACGCAAGGAAACCACCGUCUACAGGUGUGUGAAAUGUCAGAGCAGAUACUCUACCCAGGAGGCACUGGAACAACAUCUGCUUACUGCCUCACACAGCUUUCCCUGCCCACACUGUCAGAAGGUUUUCCCGUGUGAGAGGUACUUCAGACGCCACCUCCCCACUCACGGCAUUGGAGGGAGGUUCAAGUGUCAGAUCUGCAAGAAGGCCUUCAAGACAGAGCACUACCUCAAACUGCACACACGUAUUCACUCAGGUGAAAAGCCAUACAAAUGCUCCCUCUGUGAGGCGACGUUCAACAGGAAGGACAAAGUGAAGAGACACAUGCUCAUCCAUGAACCCUUCAAGAAAUACAAAUGUCCCUUUAGGACACAUGUUGGCUGCACCAAGGAAUUCAACAGACCGGACAAACUCAAGGCCCACAUUCUGUCACAUUCUGGUAUCAAACCCUACAAAUGUCUGUUCUGUCAGAAGGCCUUCAGCCGCAGGGCUCACAUGCUCGAGCAUCAGCAGUCCCACACAGAUAACUACCGCUUCAGAUGCUCCACCUGCAACAAAGGAUUCACCAGACAGAGCUAUUACAGAGAUCACAAGUGUCCUGCAGCAGGGAACGGGACAGGAACUGAGGGAGGGACCGGAGAGGCAGAAGGAGAGGAGGUCGGACGAGGUCCGAUGGCAGAGGGGAAGGAUGGAGAGGAUGACGGGAGGAGAAGCAGGUUCGCGAAUAAAGGGAAAAGGACACGGACUGGUGGAGACGAGAGAGAGAAGGACGAAAGCUCAAAGGGCAGCCGAGAGCAGGUGGAAACAAAUGAGGAGGAAGAGGAAGAGGAGGGGGAGGAGGAGGAGGAGGAGGAGGAGGAGGCGGCAGAGAGGAGGAGUGACGAGGGUUGUCGGGCUGCACUGACUAUCAGCACUAUGGAAGGGCAGGCGGAAGGAGAAGAGGAGGAUGACGGGAUGGAACGUGGUGGGGAAACGCUAGAGCAAAUUCAAGGCACUGACCAAAACUGUUUACAACAGCCAUGUUUGUAGUUUCAGGCAUCAUCUUUCCUAAAUGUUUCCUGGACAUGAACCAAACAAACUCCAAUCCAUUAUUAAAAAACAAUCAGGGAAUGGGAAGUUCUUUCAUUAUUUGUUUUAAAUUAAAACGUUUUUUUUUUAUGUGUGAUGAGUCUGACAUUCAGUUUCUGCCCGUGUCAUUUGGCGGUUCCUCUAAUUUCUCAGAUUACCCAGUGGGAGCACAGAGAAUAGGGCUAUAUCCAAAUGUAGCAAGACGGUAACAAAUGCAUCAAAGUCCAAAGUGUUGAGGGCUGCCCAGUUCUACAACCGAGUCCACAAGCGGGCUCAUGCAGACAUCGUCAGUCUUAUCCCAGCUGCUGCUAUUACCCAGAUUUUCAUCAUAAUAAAAACAUAGUGAAAUAACCAAAGUCUGGUUAUAAUUUGUAUGGCCUAAAUGUGUUAUGUGUUAUCUGGCUGUAACAUUUUUUUAUGGAUUAACAGAAGUGAGGCCUUCCGUUGACUGAGUACAGUUUGCAAUGGUGGAAAGAUCUAAGUACAUCUACUCGAGUCUGAUAUUUCAGCACAAAUUUAAGGUGCUCGUACUUGAAUGUUUCCUUUCCAUGCCACUUUCUACUUGUAUUCCUCCUCAUCUGAGAGGGAAAUACUGUACUUUGUACUUUACUACAUUUUCUGACAGCUUUAGUUACUUUACAAUUUAAGAUUUUUACAAACAAAACACGUGAAGAGUUCAUAAAAUAUGUUUUGUUAAUUUAACCGGACAAACUGUUUACAAAAGUACAUCUGAAAUGAUGAUGAGACCUGAUUAACAUGCCUACAAAAUAGUGCUCUAAACAAGUUGCAGGAUGGGCACCGACCAGUAAACAAAGUGUAUCUAAGAAGAGGUCAUUUAGCGUGUGAAAGUGUACGGGAUACGCCAGAUAGUCUGAGGAAUGAUACUAAGAUGAGAUUUAUAGGAUUGGUCAAGAAUUGAAUUAAAAACAGACACUAGAGUUGUUACCAGUAAGCACUUUGUGUACACAAUACUCGACAGUCUGGUGAAAUCAGUUUUAAUUAUAUAGACAAAGGGUGGAUCCCUCUUCCUGAACUAACAGUUACUAGACUUUCCGUGGUAUACCAGCAGUUAGAUAGAUUUUGGAAAAGGUAUACAUGUUUAGUGAAAUGAAAAAGAGCUGUGUUCUGGCUGUCACGCUAAUCGAAUGAAGAUGACAAACACAUUGUUUCUGGAGUUGAUUAUGGAAGCAGCUAAAGAGUGAGCCAUCUUGUUUACAUCCCAUCUCUGUUGAGAUGGCGAGGCCUGUGCAGUACAGAAUUAAGGAUGUAUAACUAAAAGAUUUUGUUCACAAAGCUCAGUGAGACUUUCACUUGUUGUACGGCUUUAGGUGUUCCUGUGUAAACUGACAUCAAGACAGUUAGGACGAGGCCAUUACAAAUCUGGAUGCAGCUGUGUUGUGUUCUUGUCUGACUGAGCUAUUAAGGCCUGUGGAAAUGAACACAUCAUACUCACGUUAACAAUUUAAAAAUGAUUCCAUCAGUCAUCUAAGGCACAAACACACACAUUUUUAAUUUAAUUUAUUAAGUUUCUAUAUAGCACAUUUUUCAUGUACAUCAGAAAUGAACCAGGAAAAAGAAAAUAUAGUGUUACCAUAAACCUCUUAUUAAAACCUUUCUUUUACAAAAGAAAUUUGUUAUUGACAACAUUUACAACAUGUUUUCAUAUACAGGAGAGAGGCAGUGGUUUAAUUAUACAUGGAAAACUCUGGAGAACCGAUGAGAACAACAGAAAAAAAUGUGACUUAUGAAACUGACAUAUUUGCUUCACUGCUACGUCCCCGGGAUUUUAACGUGAUCGAUCCAGAAUCGGGGUACAGAAUCUGUAUCGGGGGAAGGUCUGAGGCAAAAAUGUAAAAUAGGCAACUUUUACCAAUCAACCUUUCAUCACGAUACAUUCAUCAUAUCACGCUGACUGUGCAGUAGUUGUUAUCACAGCUGAAGUCUUAAUUAGCCAUCGAAACAGGCCAUGUGUCACCAGCUUAAGUAUAAUAGCUUUUCCAUGCUGGUGCAGUUUCUUCAUCUAACUCCACCUGCUUGGUCUGGUUACCAGCCAACCAGCACCAGAGUCCACACUAUUCAUUCAAGCACGCAGCCCAUAGGGUGGAUAAUCUCUGCUGGCAUCAAGCUGCUAACAGGAUACCUGAUGCCUGAGGGUUGCUUUAAGAAUAAGAAAGUGGAGGGAAAUUUAAAAAAAAAAAAAAAAAAAAGUGCUUUGCUUGGUCAGAUUAACAACACCCGAAUGCACCGCUCCUCAGUAACCACAUCUGUGUUUUCAGUGCGUAAUUAAUUAAUUAAAAAAACACUCUUAAAAAAAAAAAUAAAAAAA